AUCCUACUUUACAAUACUUAAACGUAAGUUACUACAAAACCGUACAACGUUAGCCGUGAAAUUCAAAAUGUAGUUGAAAUACCAAACUAAAUUUUUAUUUUCCUAUUAAUCCUCCUUGGUUAGGUGUGUAAUACAUGUGUAGUAUCUGGAAGUUUACCCCUGGGCUCACUUAGGGUUUAGGAGUAUUUAGCAUUCUGGUUUAAGCAAACCAUUCGUACUCAUGAGGUAAUUUAAUUACAUUUCCAAGUCUCCUCUGUCAAAACUUACCCAAUUGGUGGCGAAUCAGCAGUUGCUAACAUACCCGCUGCUUAUCAUUCCACCGCACUGAAUUAUAUCCUGCCUUUGUCGCUUCUGCUCAAUAUCUUGUGUGAUAAAGCUAAAACAUCUCUGAAACAGUGAUGAUCAAUCCGAGAUCACAUCACAUUUACCAAAAUACCAUAAGUAAUUUAGUUCAGAAGUAAAGAUUGCGACUUUCAUCGUGAACUGAGAUGUUGGUCUUCAUAUCCUUAGUUCUAGUCAUAAAGAAAUAAAUAACUCAGCAAUCGUUUCUGUCUCCUUAUUGCCUAAGUGGUUAGGAUAUCAGGGUUGUUCAGCGGUGUACUUAGACCAUACAGAGCGUUUUCCAAUAGCUCAUUUAAAAUUGACGACGAACUACGUACUCGUUUAACUGAUAGUUCCCACUGUUGAAACCUAAUAAGUGACUAAGUGUUUUUCAACUCAUUAUGGGUUCUAACCCUAACCGAGUCAUAAAUCUGUAUAAACGCUAAUUGAUGGCGUAAGUCUACUGCGUAGGUGGUCAAUUUCCCUUAGUGAUGGCUCAAAAUGCAUCACAACAAUGCGGACGGGUCGGAUGAAUCUGCAACAUUAAAUUAUUCAUUUUGGAUUCACCAUUCCCUUUAUUUAUCCUCGUUUUUGUCUUUUUGUAUAGUGUAUAUAUUUGUCCUUUUUCUUUUUUCAGAAUGAAUAAAAAUGGAGAGUACCAUUUGGUCAUUUUGUGUCCCGAUCUAUCCCAUUAAUUUCAGUCAGUUGACCCGUUCUUUACUUCAAUAUGUUAGUUCGUCUGUUAACAAGUUCAUCCCUGACCUAAAGGGUAUCCUUGUGGAUUUUGACGCAAAAAGUUUACAAAUCAUAACUGAAGUUGAUUAUUCUGAUCGUUAUGUCCCCACUGGCUUCACUUGUGGUCUUUUCCUGAUUCAUCCAGAGUUAAACCAUCUUCGUGUACACGGGAAGAUAAAGGUCAAUAUUUUUCGCCCAUAUUUAGGUUUGGAAGUAGAUGCGAUUGUUUCAGUGGUUAGACCACAAUUUAUUCUUUGCCGUACAGAAAUUUCGAAUGUAAUGAUUAGUCUUCCACGUUUAUCUUCGGAGUCAGUAAAAAAAGAAGAAUUCAGCCAGUCCAUUUUAAAACCUUUUGACAAAAUAAGAGUUAAAUUGACUCAAAUUGAUAACAAUUUUGGCUCUCCAAUUUUACAAGGUGAAUUUAUGGAGUGUCUUUCGAAACCCUUAUCAAAAUCUUCCGAGCAACAGCAUAAACAUCAAACAAAUUCUGCUGGCACUGAUAUGAGUGAUAUAAAACCAGUAAUAAAAGUCUCUGAUGAUACUGAUAGUUAUCAGACUACUUUGUCAUUUCAUGAAAAUUCUUCUGAUCCAGUCACUUUUCCGACUAAUUCAUCUGACCAUAAAACACCAAAAGUUAGGAAAUCAAAGAUUUGGAAACUUGAAGAAUCAUUACAAGAAGUUGGAGUCCUCGAUAAUUGUAGUGCAAGUCUAUUAACUCAUGAUGAGUCGCCAGCUGGUUCAGUGAAGAGAUUACGAAAGGAGAACUCAUCCACUUCCAAAGUAUUAAAAAUGAAAGGUAAUUCAGAUUCAGAAGAGAUUAUCCCUGCUUUAUUAAAUGAUGCACUGUUAAAAUGUGGUAGAAAAUAUAGGUCAAACCAUAAUCUAUUAUCUUCUGUAACUGUAAAAGAGGAACCAACUUGA